AUGGCGUCUGUAUUAGAUUUAAUUAAACACUGUCAACAUGCGAUUGAAAAAUAUUGCAAUGAUGAACAGAAAAUUUUAAAGUGCAUAGAUAAGUUGUUUCACCUUAAUGUGACAGUGCAGCACCUUCAGGAAACUGGUGUAGGCCGAACUGUUAAUGCUCUUCGUAAAGAACCUGGAGAUGUUGGCCAGGCUGCCAGAGCACUUGUGUACAAAUGGAAGCUAAUGGUUGCUUCUGAAGAGAGUGACCAGGAAACAGAUAAUAAUGAAACAUCAAAAUACAAUGGUCACGAUGAUGGAAAUUCAAAUGGCAACCAUAGAUCAAAAUACAAACAAGAAAAAUAUGAAACUGAGUCAAAACAAGAGGAUAAAUCACAUAGACACAUGAAUGGUGACCACAAUCGUAAUAAGAGAAAAUAUCAUAGUAGUGAGGAAGAUGAACCAGAUGGUAAAAAGUCCAAACAUAGUCAAAACAAAGAAAAUAGUUAUAAAAUUAAAACAGAGCCUAAGUCCGAUAAAUCUGAAAGUGAAAGUGAAGAAUCCUCUGACUCUGGCAGUGACAGUGACACAUCAAAUUCAACAGAUAAUGAAAAAGUUGAAUAUAAAAAAAUCAAACAAGAAAAAAUAGACCAAUAUAAAUCUCCACCAAGUAAACAUUCUAGCAGCCAUAGUCAUAGAAAUAAAAGUUCAUCAGGGUCUGACAAGGAAAAGUUGUUGGAAAAACAUUCUAAAUAUAGUUCUGAAAGUUCUAAACACUCUUCAUCAAAGGAUAGAUCUCAAAGCUCACAUAGACACAGUUCAAAAGAAACAAAAGAAAGGGACCAAAAUAAAGAAAAAAAGGAAAAGUUGUCCGAGAAAGAUCGACUACAGAAGGAAACACCCUCAGAUAAAGAAAAACCUAAAGAAUCAUCAAGCAAACACAGCAAAUCUAAUAACCAUAAGGAUGAAAAAGAAAAGUCAAGUAAAAGUAAGUUGCAUGACAAAGAGAGGAUAUCUGAAAAAGAGAAAAGACCAGAUAAAGAAAAGAAACAUUCUGAAUCCUCAAAACAUAGCCCAGACAAACAUAAAUCAAGUGAAGAAAAGAGGGAAAAAUCUACAAGUAAAUCAGAUAAACAUUCUGAAAAGGACAAGCAUAGAUCUAGUAAGGAAAAGAAUAAAUCGGAAAAUGAAUCAAAAGAAAAAAGUAAAGACAGACAUCAAGAAAAAUCAAAAGAUAAAUCUAGUUCCUCUAAAGAUAGAGAGCAUAAGGAUAAGAAAUCAUCAUCAAGUGAUGUAACUAAAGAUAGGAAGAAAUCUAAAAGUGAUAAAAGUGACAGCAGUCGAAGUGACAGUAGUCGAAAAGAUAAACAUAAGUCUAGUAGUAAAAAUAAUGAUAUACCAAAGAAAAAAACUGAUGAGAGUAAUGGUGAUAGUGACGGCAUUGGCUGUGAAUCAGGUGCCAGUUUCGCUGAGGCCCUUGGCAUGGUGAGUCCAGUGAAAUCCAAAAAGAAACAAAUCAAAGAAACAAACUCACCUAGUUCCUUUAAUGGUGAUCUCAGCCCAGCUUCUUUGCUGGCUCCGGAUGCAAAAUUGGCUCCUCUACCAAACAUUGAAAUUUCGGCUCUACCUGAGAUAUCGCCGAACUAUAAGCCGAGACCGCCUCCCAAGUUUCUUCCACAUUUCGAUGAUAUGGAUUUAAGUACUGUUAUGUCUUCGAAGAACCAAAGAACAAAAGUUUACUCUGGAAAUAAGGUGAUAGGGAAAAUACCUUCGCUGUAUGAAAUGUGUGUUCAAGUCCUUCAAGAACAUAUUGAUGCUCUGGAAUACACUGGUGGUGUGCCAUAUGAGAUAUUGAAACCAGUUGUGGAUAGAGCGACCCCCCAACAGCUCUUUAUGUUGGAGCACUUUAAUCCCUAUCUUAUGGAGGACACUGACCAUUUAUGGCAGAAUUUCUGUAUAAAGCAUUUCAGGAAUAAGAAACGAAUGGAGAUGGAGACGUGGCGGGAGAUGUAUAUGCGUUGUCAAGAAGAGCAAGAAAUCAAACUAAAAUCCCUGACGGAGAAUAUAAAAAUAGCCCAAGAAGCAAAAAGGCGCCAAUCAAACAGACAAAGAUGGCGUACGUUGAUACAGUUGUCAAACCACCGCGAAGUAUUGCCAGGAAACAAGCGCAGCACGGAACAGCAUUUGCUGCAACUGCAAGGCGGAAGACCUACCCCAGUUACAACACUAUCUCCCUUCGUGAAACCUAAAAAAGCACCCCUGAUGCAAAAAGCCCUCCAAUUAAUGAGGGGAAGAAAACGGUGA